AUGCCUCUCCUCGAGCUACCGGUCGAACUUCAGCGCGAGAUCUACAGCUACGUCCUCUGUCCUGGCUUCAUCACAAUCCGCCGCACCCGCUUCGACUGCCUCCAAUGCCAGGCUUUCACUCGUCAGCGCUCUGGUCGCACUCCCCAAUGGAACUUGACUCCCAACACCUCCACGCAUUGCAGCAUGGUGGAAACGGCCGUGUGCGAACGAUUGGACAAGAACAUGGCGGCGCAUCUGAUACAGAAAGCAACCCAGACCACAUCACGAUAUUUCGGAUAUCAGUUGAAACGAGUCUUGCUACGCCACCACCAAGACCGCAAGAUGACCAUCGUCGACUGCAGCCCCCAAGGCCUGCCGGCAAGCGCGGUCAAUCGAGCCAAAGAACAUCGUUGGUGUGCGUGUCAAUACUGGCCGGUCUAUCCCGACAUUCAUGGCUUACUGCAAGCCCGUCACCGCUGCCUCAGGAACAUGAUGAUUGCACAAGAACUUCAGCGAGACGGAUCGGAUGCAAGGGCUUCUGACGAGGAACUCGGUCUAUAUAGGGUAGACCUGUCGCUUUUGAGAGUCUGCAGGGAAGUCUACGCUGUUGCGAGGGAUCUGGUGUGGGAGGAGAAUAUGUUUCACUUUGAGGUGCAAUACGAUUUCGAGACGUUCUUGGGGAUGUUGAGUGAGCGGCAGAGAAGCAAGUUGAAGAAAGUGCAGAUUGUGGCGGAGGUGUUGGUGAUGCUGGGUUGA